GCAAGCUUCAGUACAUUACCUGAAAGUUUCAAGGGCACAGCGGGAAAAGAUUGAUUGAGGAUGAUGAACGUGAUGAUUAAGAGCUGAACAAUGUGACGAUGUGUGGUUCUGGAAAAGACUGGAAUCUCUAGUUAAAUCAUAUCUGACAUUUCUGAAGAGAAGAGGGAGCACAGUGACGAGAGAGGAUAAAAGAUAGCAGACGCUCCCCACCAACUCAUUUCUCCGUUCACUCAACUGCCAAGUACUGUACAAGGACCAUCAAUGGACCUGCCAAUCAACCUCCACAUCUUUCUCCUCCUCCUUGCCAUCAGUGGAGUUCUUGGAGCGUGCCCAGAUGAAUGCCAGUGCAGAGACUACAAAAUCCUCUGCCAAGGCAGGUCAAUCACAGAGUUUCCCUCCUCAGUGCCUGGCUCCACCACCACCUUCUACAUCUCCAACACCAACAUCACCACUCUCAAACCUGAUGACUUGGCUGAUUUUGCCGAGGCCCUUGGCAUCUUCGUUUUCAAAGACACUGGGAUCAGAGAGGUAUUCCCUGGCACCUUUGACCUCACCCAUAACCUGGGUGCCCUGGGCUUCAUAGGCACCGAGCUGAAUGACCUGCCUGAGGCCCUGUUUCUAAAUUUGGUGAAGCUGGAAUCUCUGACUCUGAGCGGCAACAAGCUCCUGGUGCUUCGCCCCGCCUGGCUUUACUCCCUCGCUGCUCUGAGGACCCUGGACUUCAGCAAGAACCUCAUCACGUCUGUACCAGAAAAGGCCUUUCGCUCUGUCACUCAGCUGGAGCAUCUCACCCUGGCCAGGAACAACAUCAACCAACUCUCCAGGGACACCUUCAGGGGCCUGAGCAAGAUCAAAUCCCUGCGUCUGAACCGGAACGCUCUUAGGGCGAUCCCUGCCAGAGCAUUUGAUGACCUGGUAAACCUGGAGGAGCUCUCUCUGCAGGAUAACGCCAUCACUCAUCUCCCCGCUAACCUGUUCUCCCAGCUGCAGAGCCUACAGAAGCUUUAUCUCUCCAACAACCGGCUAACUUCCCUCCCAGAGGGGAUUCUCCUCAACCUCCCUAGCUUGGCCCAGAUCUCCCUGUAUGAGAACGAGCUCCAGAGUCUGUCCCCAGGAGUGUUCGGCCACAUGGCCGUGAGGGAGCUGUGGCUGUAUGACAACAGGCUGACCCGCCUGGAGGACCACACCUUCAGCAACCUGACCCAGCUGCGUCUGCUGGUACUGAGCCGGAACCAGAUCAGCUCUGUGUCUCCCGGGGCCUUCAGUGGGCUGGCAGAGCUGGGGGAAGUGUCCCUGCACACCAACCUCCUCACCAGCCUGCAGGAGGGCACCUUCCAGGGUCUGCCCAAGCUGGUAAACAUCUCCCUGGAGCACAACUAUAUCCGCUCCCUUCCUGCCAGGCUUCUCCAGGGCCACUCCCACCUUGGCCAGCUGGACCUCCACAACAACUCCCUCCCCAACCUGCCCUCAGAGCUCCUCAGCACCCUCACAGUGGCCAAGGAGGUGCUGCUCGCUGAAAACCCCUGGAAGUGUGACCAGGACAUCGUGCCACUUCGGGACUGGCUGACACGGAACCCCACCAAGGCUAACCUCAGCACUGUGGUGUGCCUCACGCCCUCUGUCUUAAGCGGUGACAGCAUAGCCCAACUGACUGACGAGGAGCUGACGUUGUUCACUCCGACCGCCGUCCCUGAUAUCACCCCGACAGAAAAGAGGAGGAAGCCCCACACCCCCCCUCCCAAGAGGAGCACCCCCUCCCCUGCUGCAGAGGCCACGCCCACCCAGGAGCAGGGGGAGGACACCAGCAGUGGGCAGGGGAACGGAGAGGGUGUGUCCAGGAACAUGCAGAUCAUUAUCAUCGCGGUGGUCUGCACCACCAUCAUCACCAGCCUCAUUGUCUGCUGCGUGUGCUGGAGGAGGAACAAGAGAGGCAGCCGCAACCUUGGCCGCAGGAACAAAAACAACUCUGUCAUCUAGACUGGCCCAGGGGCCUGAGCACCACAUAGGAUAUGUAUUGUGCAGUCAUGCUGAACAUGCCAGAGCAAACAUCCUGAUGCAGUUGUUCCCAAACAUCUUAGCACAGGAACCCAUCAUGUCUCUAUCAAGAACUCAUGACCAAGGACAGACUAGCUGGGGCCUGACCCUUGGGGAACUCUACUCUGAUGGAAUAAGUUGUUCUGAUUGGGAUCCCAUAAUAUUAUUAUUACCCCAUUUUGCAAGUCCCUCUUUAGCAAACUUUCUGUUGUCUGAGGUUUGAACAAUGUUUUGCACAAAGAACCAAAAAGAACAUCUUAUAAACUGUAACAAUAAUCACCUGGAAAUUGCAUGGAUGGUAUGCACAAAAUGCCAUUCUUCUUUCUUUUUAUACUGGUCAAUUUUUUUUUGCAUAUAUACUGAACAAAUGUAAUGUUCAGCAUAUAGUCUUAUCACACACCUGUUGAUUUUCAAGAAGCUCUUUUUUAUGAUUUACUGACUGGAAUUAGGCUGCUUAUUGUGUAAUUUUGAUAUAGUGUAAUCAAUAGAUAAAGGCUGGUUUCAUCUACUUGUAAAUUGUUAUGCUCCACACACAAAUCACAUAAAAUGACUGACUGUUAUAUUAAAUAAAUACACAACAUAGUAGUGAUAUUCUGAAAUGCUCAAGAGACAAGUGUUCAUUGUGUGAUAAAGAGUUGUGUUGAACUGUUGUGUGGGGAUUCCCAUCUUCUUCAGCUGAUAGUAUUUGAUCCAGUUGUAUACCACAAAAUUUUUUUUGACGUUUUAAGCCGGACUACUGGAAUGAGAUGUUAUCACACUAGUCAAAUAUGUAUGCACUCUGAGUAGGCUACACAAAAAAGAUUGAUAAUCAUGUUUAUGCCAAGGGUUCGUGGUGGUGUUGGGAGGGGUUCAGAUUAAGAGCUCUGCCACAACCUUGGCAUCCAGUGUUUGUGUGUGAGGGAGAUUCUGACUGUAUCCUUGGUACAUUCCAUGUGUCUAAAGCACGUUGAUGGUAUAGGCCUACACGUAGAGGUUGAAAUGUAAACCACCCAUCUACCUGAACACACUUAACAAGAUAGAGGAUACAUCGAGUUUUGUU